GCUCAAGGGAGGGGCUGCGUUCGCGAGUCCCGACGCGUUCCUCUAUCGCAAUCGCAUUCCAGGGGCAGGUAGAUGGGAGGUGACAGUUGAUUUGACGCCGUGUGUUGUUGUUAUGGCACCGUUUGGCAGCUAAAAUCGAAUAUUAAAUGACGUAUGCACGCAUUGCGAGUCGCGCUCGGUGAUCUGCAGACCCUUCGGACACAGCCGGACAGCAAAAUGGCGACACCGGAGCAGGAGUCCCUGGCUCAGGUGAUCCAGCAAUGGAACAGCAACCGCCUCGACCUGUUCGCCCUGUCGCAGCCCAACGAGAAUCUCGAGUUCCACGGCGUGAUGCGAUUUUACUUCCAAGACGCCGGUCAAAAGGUGGCCACCAAGUGCAUCCGCGUGUCCUCCACGGCCACCACGCAGGCCGUCAUCGAGACGCUGAUUGAAAAGUUCCGUCCGGAUAUGAGAAUGCUCGAGGUACCUGAAUUUGCCUUGUAUGAAAUCCACGAAAAUGGCGUUGAGAAACGUCUGGAGGCCGAGCAGCGGCCGCUCAUGGUGCAGCUCAACUGGCACAAAGAUGACCUCGAAGGCCGCUUCCUCCUCCGCAGACGCAACGAGGUCUCCGUCCAGCCAAGCUUCGAGGAAAGUUCCUUCAAGAGAAAACCGUCCGGAAAGAAGAGUAAAAAGCGUGACCAGCACCAACAGCAGCAAAACAAGGAUCAGAACGCCAACGUUGCCGAAAAGCUCUACACCGAGUUACCUGAAACCAGCUUCACCAGAUCCAUAUCCAACCCGGAGGCCGUCAUGAGAAGGCGGCGGCAGCAAAAGCUCGAGCGGAAACUGCAGCAGUUCCGGAGCAAGGACGGAGGACCGGACACUGGCGGUACCCUCAAGAUUUACGGAGAGUCUCUCUGCAAAGAUGUGCCUUAUAAGACUUUGCUCUUGUCCGUCAGCGACACAGCGCAAGUUGUUGUCAAAGAAAUGCUUUCAAAGUACGGCCUUACCCAAGAGGAUCCUAACAACUAUUGUCUUACUCAAGUGAGUUGGGUUUUUUAUGUUUCUAUACAAAAAAUUAUAUACCAAAAUUAUAUGCUCCAGGUAUUCAAAAGAAAUGAAGAUGUUAAAGAAAACAAUAAUCACCCGCCAAGUAAUGUGGAGUACAUUUUAGAUGACGACGACUGCCCAUUGGCCAUUCUGAUGAACUGUCCUCCAUCACAAGGCUCGAUCAUGUUCCACAUCCGGAGACGUCCAGCUGACAUGCAGCCGCGGAAGCGCAAGAAGAAAUUGUACCAGACGGCCAACAGCCACGCAAAGGAGCAGCAGCCGGACGAAUCGGCGCCCUUCCUGCUUGAGCUCCGCCACGACGGAGCUUUUAGCCAACGCCACGCUCUGCUUUACGACGUAACCGAGGCCGGCUCGGAACAAGGCUUGGGAAUGCAAGUUUUCGGGGCAGACGUGCAGCCCCGGCACUGCGUCUUUGCCUCCAGUGGAGGCCUGGUCACCGUGACCCCAUGCAGUCGCGAGGCAGAGACCUACGUCAAUGAACAGCGCAUCUGGGAAACGACGAUCCUUCAGCACGGCUGCACCGUCCGCCUCGGCAGACACCACUUGUUCCGCUUCGUCGAUCCGGCCACGGCGUCUGUCCGCAGAGACUCGCCUGAGAAGACUUUUGAGACUACUUUUGACGUCACUGGUCAUGUUGAAACAACCGAGGCACCUCAAAGGUGCGAUCCCAUCUUGCCAGCUGUUCUGGAAUUCAGGGAAGAAACGCGAGACGCGCUUUUGGAGACGCUCAUCGGGUCGCUCGACACCUCGUCUGUUCACUUCAAACUGGCACCCACUUACGCCCUUUACUUGGCAACAAGAUACCGUGCCUCAACGCACUACAGACCAGAUUUAACGCCCACUGAGCGAGCCCAAAGGUUAAGCGUCCUCCUUGAGCAAGUUGCCUCUCAGAUCCAGCAAGUUGUGGUUGAGAGACCAACUGAAGCAGAGUCCCUCACUUUCUGGAUGGCCAAUGCCAGCGAACUGCUGCACUUCUUGAAGGCAGAUCGCCACAUUUCCGCCUUCACCCUGGACGCCCAAGACAUUUUAGCCGAGACUGUUCACAGUGCAUUCAACAACAUGGUGGCCAUCGUAGAACACGAACUGGCGGCCAGCAUGCCCUCUUUCUGGCUUGAUAGCGAUGACAACGAAAAUGCAGCCGCAGCUAUAAUUGUCACUUUGAUGAGUGCGAUGGCCCUAAUGCGCCGCUGUCGAGUUAAUGCAGCUCUUACCAUCCAACUAUUCUCUCAACUCUUCCACCUUCUGAACAUGUGGAUUUUCAACCGACUCGUUUGCGGUCCUGACAACCGUUUCUGCUGCCGCAGGUGGGGUGGUCGAAUUCAACUAAGACUUAGCCACGUAGAGCAGUGGGCUGAAAAACAAGGUUUGGAGCUGGCUGCAGAUUGCCACCUUUCGAGGGUCCUCCAAGCAGCCUAUCUUCUGCAGGCGCCCAAGUACACGGCUGACCAGCUCGCAACCCUUAGCUCCACCUGCUUCAAACUCAACUCGCUGCAGUUGGCUGCCCUCUUAAAGCGUUACUGGCGAGCACCCAAUGAACCUGAAGUGCCACCAGAGUUGGUGGAAAAUGUGGUCAGGGUGGCGGAAAGUGUUGCUGACGAGCUCAUCAGGGCUGACGGACGAGAGGUUCGUCUUGACGAACAACCAGAACUGCAGCUGCCAUUUCUUUUGCCAGAAGACGGCUACAGUUGUGAUGUUGUGCGUGGGAUGCCAGUUGGUCUCCUUGAACUGUUGGGAGGUCUUCAGCAAGCUGGUCUUUGCCGUUUCACUAUUCAGCCGACAUCAUCUGGUUUGUGGACAAUCUACAUGGAGCAGCAGCAGGGCACUAUCCCUAGACCCAGUUCUCAACCCGAAAGAGCCGUGGUCCAGCUAAACAAAGCAGCUACUGGACUUGGGCUUAGUAUAGUGGCAGCAAAGGGUGCCGGUCAGGACAAGCUGGGCAUAUAUGUCAAGACGGUUGUUCGAGGUGGAGCAGCUGAUAUUGACGGCCGUUUGAGAGCAGGAGACCAACUUCUGAAGGUUGAUGGUCAAAGCUUAGUUGGCAUCACUCAAGAAAAGGCAGCUGAAUAUUUAGUGAAAACUGGACCUGUGGUUACUUUGGAAAUUGCCAAACAAGGUGCUAUAUGCCAUGGACUAGCCACUCUCUUAAGUCAACCAUCCCCUGACAUGGGAAGAAAUUCAUGGCACCACCCUGAGCCAAAUGAAGCUAGGAGACCAAUGCAGAGUUCAAAGUCUGUGCCAGCUCUAAACAAUAGUGAUAAAGCUGGACCUCCAGUAGCCACUCAUAAAGCAAUACCCACUUCAGUGAGUUUCUCACAUGAUGCUAUAGCAACGAAUCACAGAUCUAACUCGAGUAACAGUAUUUUGGAUAGUCUACGUCAAAACUGGCAGAGAGAAGAGGCUCGCCCUCCUGAAACAAUUCACCGUCCAGAAAUGUCCCACAGACAGGACUUGCCUCAACGAACUGAAAUGAUGCGCCAUCCACCCGAGAUGUCCAGGUCGCAAGAAAUGAUGCGGCACCAUGAGAUGAACCGGCAGUCAGAACUGAUGAGAACCCAAGACAUAUCAAGGUCAUCGGACAUGAUCAGGGCACACGAAAUAGCAAGGUCAACAGAAAUGGCUAUGGCCCGACCAUCCGAUCUUUCAAAGUCGCAAGAGAUGCCACGACCAAUGGAGUUGAUCCGAUUGCAAGAGAGCAUGCGUCAGUCUGAAAUGAGUCGUUCCCAAGAAAUGACCAAGCCCUUGGAUCGGUCACAUGAAGUGUCUAGAUCUCUAGACAGGUCCCAAGACAUGUCUAGGCAGUUGGAACGGAAUCAAGAAAUUAACAGGCAGCUGGAGAGGUCGCACGAAGUGUCAAGGCAGCUAGAAAGAUCGCAAGAAAUAAACAGGCAGCUUGAACGAUCGCAAGAAAUAACAAGGCAGCUAGAAAGGUCGCAUGAAAUGUCCAGGUCAAUGGACAGGUCGCACGAAAUGUCAAGAGCCAUGGACAGAUCUCAGGAAAUGCCCAGACAGCCGGAAAUGAUGCGGCAGCAGGAAAUGAUGAGGCACAAUGAAAUGAUGCGAGCGGAUAUGAUCAGAGGCCCAGAAAUCCCUCAGGGUCCACCCAUGGCUGAGGUGAUGACCCGCUCCGUGACCUUUGUUGACGAGCCAAAGAGCCGAAGACAUGACGAAGUGCCAAGAAGAGCCGUUUCGUUCUCAAUGGACCAACCUGAACCCUCCAGGAAGGAUUCUCCAACCACCCCCACUUUGCCGCCUCCCUUACCGUCCACAUCGCCCCCAAGGGACACGCCGGUACCUCUACCCCCAGAGAGAAACUCUUCGUACGUCGUGAUGGCGCAGCAAGGACAUGAUUAUAAGGAAGAAUCUCCUCACAGGUCAUCCUAUUAUGACACAGAUUCAAGCGAUAUGUACCCUAAUGAGGACCCAAAUAGUUUCAUCAAUGAGGCUGAAAUGCUUUUGAUGCACCACCCAUCAAGCGCUGACAAUUCUGGCGUGGGCAACACUCCAGGCGUAAUUGGAGCACAAGAAGUUUACAAAGAUCCGCGCAACAAGCGCCUGGCAGAACAGCAGCAGCAAAAGCAGAUGGCUAGUCGCACUGGACCAGAAAAGUUAUCCUUCAAAGAAAAGAUGAAGAUGUUUGCCAUGGAGACGGGCGAGUUUGGCCCUCUCAAGAAUAAGGUGAGCAACUCCAGGGCUCAGCGGGACAUCGAAAGCCCACAGGUGCCGUGACAUUCCAAUUAAAUGAUAGGCAGCGUGAAAUUAAUCUAUUUUGAUAAUAUGAUAUAAUCAAUUAAGCAUGUGUAUUCCAUGGUGAUCGAGCAUAUCAAAAGUUUGUGACUUUUAUCGGAGGAGAAGGGAGAUGCAUAUUUUGUAAAAUAUUGUAUUGGGAGCAAUUUAUGUCGAGACUUUGGAACCAGGCAACACCAAUCAUUUGAUUGAUAUCUAUAUCUACAUUUACUUGAUAAACGAAAUAUAAAAAAAUAAAAUAAAUAGCAGUCUAUUUAGCAAUAA